GAAAGAGGGGGUAGAUGAUCGAUCAACCACUGAAAGUGAAAGUGUAAACAAAUCACAACGCAGAGACAGAGAGAGACGACAUCGUACACAAACUAUUCCGUCGUCAUCUGAUAUCUGUCGUCUGCACGUUUUAUAGCUAAGGAGUAGUAUCAUAUCAAGACAGCGUCAACCGGUCGUACUAGUCAGACCAGGAUGCCGUCGGCAUCAGGCGAGAAAUCGCCGUCAAGCGAGCGUAGAGAGCCAUCAAACUUGGUAGCUCUUAACGCUCAGCUGUAUGCUCAGGGGAUCACCAAGUCGGCCUUGAAGCUGGACGGGCUGAGCUCGAAACAUCGGGAUAAUGUGAUAAGGAUAUUACAAGGCAUGCUGCAGAAGCGGACGGAAGACCUCGAACGAACCGAGACGAUCUCGACGGCUCACCGUGUCUUGUCGUACGACCAUGAGCGACUGUGCGGGAUGCAUAAGAAGCUCAAGGGACGGGUGAUUGCUGCAGAAAAGGACAAGGAGGGGACCAAGGCGCAGAUGACAGAUCUGACGGUCAAGCUGCAAAGAGAACAAGCGGCGCAUAAAUUCACAAAGGAUGAGGCACAGAAAGCGAAGAACGCCUUGGCCUUCGUCCGGACUCAGGCACAACACGAUGCCAAGAAACGAGACGCUCAGCUGGAAAAGACGCUGCAACAGUGGCAACGGCUAUGUAAUGAUAACGCUCGAGUAUCGACGGCGAGUAACAGGGGCGGGAUGUUGCUGUUGAACCCGAUCGACCCGGUUCAACAGAUCCCUCGUGCGGAUUCGUUCUGGGAUCCGGCGAUCAACGAAUUGAACCAGACGAUCAUCAGUCUGCAGGAAGAGUGUGAGGCGUUUAGGCAUGUGACCUUGUCCACAGCGAAUCAGCUGCAGGGCGUGCUCGCUAUCGCUUCGGGCGGGCCGGAACCCGCUCGACUCACCCCCUCGGCAUUUUUCAGCGCUCACCAAUCUAUCAACUCGUCUCAAAUCUCUUCAUCCACAUCGCACCCCUUGUCAGCCGAUACCCGCUUGAGGGAACUCAUAAAUAAGCUCAAGAGCCGAGUCGAGGCUGAAGUGACCGAAAAGAGGGAGACGGCGAGGCUGUAUCAGAGUGAACUUGAUUUGGAGACGCUCGAGGGAGAGAGGGUGGAAAGGGUCAAGGAGUUGAUGAGAUCGAGAAUGCAGGACGUUGAGAAGCAGUUGGUGAACGCCCGUCAGGCAGCCCAAGAGGCUCAAGAAUUGGUAUUGGAAUACGCCAAGACGAGUGGGAAGCCGAUCCCUGUUUUGAAACACGUAAUCGAUGCGGAAGAAUCGGACAAUGAUGAGACCGCUUCGAGGACGGAAGAGAUCGCUACAGCUAUGGCGGCCGCGACCAUUACCGACGAGGACAAGGAACAGCUUGAAGCCGAGAAGGCAGCAGUAGAGACGGAACGUCGUCGCAUGACAGAGGGUCUCGUUCGGCUGGCACAGGAGAGAGCCGUCUUCGAAGCCGAACGAGCCGCCUAUCUGGAAGAUAGGCGGGCGCGUGAGCUCGAAGAACUCUUGAGAGAACCGUCAAAACGGUCGCCAGAACCAUCACCGAGCUCUUCAACUUCGUCCACGACCGUAACGACCGAUUCGUCAUUGAGCCAGUCGGCACCUCCUUCAACACCAUCACGGCGAUCAGCUUCCUUGUCAACCGAAUCUUCUCGGGAUGAUGUGAUCCCCCAUUAUCCUCCCACAUCCGCUCAUCGACUCUUGACACCAAUAAGAUCGAAGAGCCUGCCAUCCGUUUCAUCGCCGUUGGCCGGUGGGAGUCGUCGCCCAGACUCUUCUUCCCCCUCGAAAGCCGCUUCACCGGCACUGAAGCGUCGAGCGCGAAAAGGACCGGCUACCCCUCUGGCGCGUUACGUCUCGCAUAAGAUCGUGGCGGAAAAGCUGGCCUCUGCGAAAAAGGCCAGGAAACUGAAAUUCGACGUCGAGGACCCAGCAGAAGAGGUUGUUGACAUACAAGAAGAUGCGGAGGAUGCGGCCGACGCGGCCGACGCUGCCGACGCUGCCGAGCGACCGGACGCUCGACCUGAUUCAACUGUCUCAGCCCCGACGGAAAAGAGAGCAGCUGCUCUUACAACUUCAACACGCGACAAUGCUCUAGGCAGGACUCGACCAGCUCUGAUGACUUCGAAAGACCGACUAAGCUCGCUCAAGACGACUAGCUCUCGGCCCCGGGUCGUGUCACCGACAAAAGCCACCGCCCGAUCCAUAUCGGGUGGACGCAGUUACAUGACCUCGACAGCGUCAUCUGCGCAUAGGGAAGGGACAUUGAAGAGCAUCCCUGCUGUAAAGAAGCUCGAAGUUGGACAGGCCUCGGGUAUGGGUCCAGCUCGGGCUUUGAAGAAGGCAAGCUUUCGGUAGCCGCAGGGAGUUUUAUAUCUUGUGCAAGGAAUUUGAUUUCGCUCUGUAUAUGUAUCUUUCCGGCGAUUCUUAUUCA